AAAAUAGGAGGCAAAUUUUGGUUGGCAUGACCAUGAGUUUUGCUGGGUUUUCGUGUAAUCCAAUUUUGUCCAAUGCAUUUGCAGAGACCGAAGUGGCAGAGGGUUUUCGUAUCUACACUGAUGAUGUAAACAAGUUCAAGAUAUCUGUACCAAAAGGGUGGUCAUUGGCUGCAAGUGAGCCUGAUGGGUUCAAAUCCGUCACUGCUUUCUACCCAGAAGGGAACACUAGCCCCAACGGUAUGAAUUGUAGUUUUCUUCCUUCACCAACUGAUUGAUCUCUAUGUGUUUGAUAAAAUGCCUCAAUGGGGUUUGGUUUGGUUUCAUUUUUCACCACUACCAGUGAGCGUUGUGAUUACGGGGCUUGGUCCGGAUUUCACCAAGAUAGAAUCAUUCGGCAAAGUUGAUGAGUUGCUGAGACUGUGGUGGGCUUCCUCAAAUUCUGCCAAGUAGUUACAUUUUUUUUUUAUUAUUAUUAUUUAUUUUCCUUUCUUAAACUCAAUUUGUAAUCUUUAGGAACAGGUGAGUGGAUUGGACAGGAGCUGGCAAAGACCACCAGGUGUGGAAGCCAAACUUAUCAACAGUAAAUCUUUUUCAUAUGCUUACUUCUCCUUCGCCUUAGGUUUUUCUGACUGAGACUGUUCAUUUUUCUUAUUCCUUCUCUGGGUUUUGAAAAUUAAAAAAAAAUAAGAGAAAUGGGAAGAGGUAGGGUUGAGAUGAAGCGGAUCGAGAACAAGAUCAGCAGACAAGUAACGUUCUCAAAGCGACGGUCGGGAUUGUUGAAGAAAGCUCAUGAGAUCUCUGUGCUUUGUGAUGCAGAUGUCGCUUUGAUUGUUUUCUCCACCAAAGGAAAGCUCUUUGAGUUUUCUUCUGAUUCCAGGUAUCCCCCACACCCCAUUGUAUAUACUUCAUUUUUCUCUUAGUUUACCUUAAC